UUUUCUGAGAAUAUACGAUUUUGCCCUUAAUCUAAUAAGUUUUUUACACUAGAUAACAAGAGGAAAAUUCUAUACUGACCAACAAUCAUAUGUUUGUUUCUCAUCAUGAUUGGACCUAAAUUUGUUCUGAAAGCACAUCUUUCUAUUUUUAUGACUCAAAAUGUUAUAAAUGGGACUUAAGUGAUUGAAUCUAGUAUGUUCUAUUAGUUAAAAUUUGAAAUAAACAGCAAUUAGUCAAAAAAAAUUGUAACAAAAAGGGAGAAAAAGAAGGGGGGGAAAAAAAAGAGUUGAUGAUUAUCAUUACCUUGCCCUCAUUCAAUUUGUGUUUCUUUAGCUGCCCAACAAGAUUUAGUCCCUAUCUAUUAUAUCUUAAAAUACAGAAGAAGCCAUAGUGGUCUAGAGUCUUAAUAAUAUUUUUAAGGUUUCAUAAUCUCAAUCCGUGUAAGUAGCAUGCAUUGAGAGUCAAUAACUAAGUAAACGGCCUUUCAUCAUCCAUCCUAAAGAAGACCCAUUAAAACCAUCUAAAAUUAGCAUUUCUCCUCACACUUCUUUUCCACAUUUUCACACCUAAAUUUUCGACCAGCUUAUGGUUUUGAUUAAUGGGUAAGAGCAACUAACAAUGCAUCGCCAAUCAAACUCACGAAAUGAGCGAUACUACGCUUAAAACAGAAUUUCACUUCGUUUUUGCAUGCCGCAUUCGUUUGAUUUUCUGACCAUCAUCACCAAUCUCAUCGCACAUCUGUCCAAAACUGUCUCAAUUAAGUUUUUGAACCAUUCUUCUCUCUCUUCGAGUUUGUUCAUGUUUGCGAGUUCAAAGGAGAUGUUGAAACGUGCGUGCAUGAAUCGAGUUUAUGCAAACUAUAGAGAUCAUUUAUAACUUGUAAAUAUCCAACGUUGCAUGGGUUGGCCAAUUUUGGAGUUGCGGUAAUUUUUCUUUUAUAGGUUUAAGGCUCAAGCUCUCAGUUCCACAUCUUCCAAUCAUACCUAAAGAACAAGCUCAAAUUACAUUUCAAAGAUCUGCCAUCGACAUUUUCUGGCUAAAAUGUCCAACAACAAGAUGAAAGGCCUCUUAAAAGGCCUACGAUACAUUUCUCAAAUAUUUGAUAAUGAAAAAGAACCUGAAAUGAAGAUUGGUCAUCCCACGGAUGUGAAACAUGUUGCCCAUAUAGGAUGGGAUGGUCCAUCUGUAAAUUCUGCAAAUUCUCCCAGCUGGAUAAACGAGUAUAAAUCGCCUCCUGGAUUUUCGUCAGCGCCAUUAAGUCUCCCUGAAGAUAUCGGAGAAAACAAUGUGAGGAGAGUCGAUACAAGGCCGGCUACAAAUUCUCUGGCUAGGGACUUGCCGGAAUUACCGAGAUCUGCAAGGCGUCAAUCAUUGGCAAUUGGAGUUGUUGUAACCGAGUCCCCUACCAGGGAAAAAUCAGAGAAGUCAAAACAAUCAAGGAGAUCAUCUAAAAGUUCCAUUAAUAAAGAUUCACUUGAUGGUACUAAACCGACCCGAUCAGCCAUCCGACAACCCUUGGAUCCCAACCUAGGGAGUGUGUCACCGGCAUACAGCCUUCCAGACAUUCCCAAGAAGGGUAGGAGGAAGAAAGUGAAGGAAUACUCUAAUGGCAGUAGUACUAUGUCAGCAAGAUCAUCAAGAUUGAAACCCCAAGCUGCAACUUCUCCUGGGACUGGAUAUCAAUCUCCGUUCUCUGUUGAGACGUAUCAAUCUCCAUUCUCAGAUCCCGGGCCUGGAUCUGGAUCUUUAUCUACAUCAAAGAAUAACGAGCUUUAUCCACAAUCUUUUGAAGAGGGGAAGCAAAAGGGAUUUCCAGGAAUAUAUUAAUGAAGAUUCAAUGUAUGUUACAUAAUUUGUAGCUAGAAUCAAUUCUUAGACGUUGAAACCAAAUUUCGUACGAACGAUGCACAUUAAAUUGUUGAAGAUAUUCUAAUUUUCCUUUUGUCUCAUGGAACCUUUGACGUUGAAUGUUAUUGCAUGCUUAUAUA